UUACAAAAUCACCCUCGAAUACCUUUCCCCAUUUUCCCACCGCUCCAUUUCCACUGAGCAAGGUUCUGAUCAGAGACCGAGGGAAAGAAGAAGAAGAAGAAGAAGAUGAUACCGCAUCGAUGGGGGUCUCCGUGCGGCAACCAAUGCACGCACAAGUACGCAGCGCUUAUGCAGAUUCCAUGGAGAGUAUUUUGCAAAAAAGGGUGCGAUGCGGAUGGAGAAACUUGGGAAGAAUGCUUGGAGGAGUGCAAUGAGAUAUGCUAUAAGGAUCCUGUCUUAAAGGACCAACAAUGGAGUGCUUGCAUUGACCGUUCUCCCGGAGUUGACAGGUACUCAGAGGAGUGUUUUCAUGCUUGCGUAUCUGGUUGCGGUUUCAAGUUUGAUAAAACUCCAGACAUAGCUGAUAAAGUUCGUCCAAACAGGCCGGCUAAGCCUCCCCCUGUUGAAAAGCCCACCGCACCACCUGCUGAAUCCACGGCAACAGCCGAAGACAUACUUGGCACUUCUGCAUAGUGAGAGAAAAAGAAUGAGGAUCCUCAAAUCGUAUUUGUUCAUUGUAUAUCGUGCGGUCAUAAAUUAUUUUAAAUACUUUUAUUUAAAAUUAAAUAUAAAUAGUAUCUAUCGAACCUGACCGCACGAUAUACAAUGAACGAUCACGAUUUGAGGAUGAUCCCUAGGAUCAUCACAAAGAGGAUCCGGAGAGGAUCCUCCUGGAGAGAAAAACCUAACUAUACUACAAAAUGGAUAACUUUAGUUAGUUGCAGGAUUUAUUAUUCUUUUUCCUCGUCCUUACGCAUCGACUAACAUUCGGGCUUCCAGAUUUUUUGACAGUAAAAACACGAUGGAAAUGUUAUUUGUAGACUGGAUUCUCAUUCUGUUGUACUGGAGUUGGAGACGAUUUAAUUGUUAUCGAUACAUUUGCAAGUUCAAUGCUCGGAGAAAUGUUUGAGAAAAUAAAUUAGUCAACAAAGAAAUUUCUCC